GUGUGUCUGUACUCAGACUGAAGCUGAAGCGGACAGCAGGGAGUCAUUUACAGUCAUGGCUGCACUGUUUAAAGCGAGAAGAGCGCUCAGUUCGUGUCUCGCCGGCUGUCGGAGUUUGUCUCAGCUGGCAGAGCUACCAGAGACUCAUCAGCUCCUCAGACAGACCUGCAGAGACUUCGCCGACAGAGAACUGGCGCCCAUCGCUGCCAAACUGGACAAAGACCAGUCCUACCCCGCCAAGCAGAUUGAGGAGCUGGGGGCGAUGGGGGUGAUGGCCAUCGAGGUCCCGGAGGAGCUGGGAGGGACGGGGAUGGACUAUCUGGCGUACAGUCUGGCUCUGGAGGAGAUCAGCAGAGGCUGCGCCAGCACCGGCGUGGUGGUGUCUGUGAAUAAUUCUCUCUACAUCGGGCCGAUUCUGAACGGCACAGAGGAGCAGAAGCAGUGGAUCACGCCGUUCACCACCGGAGAGAAGGUGGGCUGCUUCCUCAGCGAGCCGGGUAACGGCAGCGAUGCGGGUGCGGCGUCCACGGUGGCCCGUCAGGAGGGACGACGAGUGGUGCUGAACGGGACCAAAGCGUGGAUCACCAACAGCUGGGACGCCUCGGCCACCAUCGUGUUCGCCACCACGGACAAGAAACUCAAACACAAGGGCAUCAGCGCCUUCCUGAUCCCGAUGCCACACCCGGGGCUGUCUCUGGGCAAGAAAGAGGACAAGCUGGGCAUCAAAGCCUCGUCCACCGCCAACAUCAUCCUGGAGGACUGCAGGAUACCGCUGGGCAACAUGCUGGGCCCCCGAGGAGCCGGAUUCAAGAUCGCCAUGCAAACCCUGGACAGCGGGCGGAUCGGCAUCGCGGCUCAGGCUCUCGGCAUCGCUCAGGCCUCUCUGGACUGCGCCGCAGACUACGCGCACAAACGCACCGCUUUCGGAGCGCCCAUCGGCAAGCUGCCGGCCAUCCAGUUCAAACUGGCCGACAUGGCUGUGGCAAUAGAGAGCGCCCGUCUGCUCACCUGGAAGGCUUCACUUCUUCGAGACUCAAAGAAACCCUUCACCAAGGAAGCAGCCAUGGCCAAACUCGCAGCAUCUGAAGCCGCCACCUUCUGCGCACACCAGGCGAUCCAGGUUCUGGGUGGGAUGGGUUACGUGUCGGACAUGCCCGCCGAGAGGCACUACCGCGAUGCUCGCAUUACAGAGAUCUACGAGGGCACCAGUGAGAUCCAGAGACUGGUUAUUGGUGGCCAGUUACUGAAGGAAUACCAGUCAUAACACACUCUGUCAGUGCCUUCGGUUCAGUACGGACACAUAAUCUCAGAUCUGGAGUCAGAUAAAUCCACACGGACACAUCACCUCAUCCAUAAAGACAUAAAGACGAGCCGGUUCAAGCCCAGGUGCAGCUUUUAUUCGUUUUGGCAGCAGGUCUUUAUAUCGGAGUUAGAUCAGAGACGAUAAAGGGAAAUCCAGACGAUUUUACGAGUGCAUUGUCUCGUGUUAACGCUGAAAACGUAAUAACUUUGUCUCUCCUGCCUUAAGAGGAUUUCAGAUCGCUGCUGGUUUGAAGGAUCAGUUCACCUGUAUGUGUUUAUUUUUUUAAAGGACAUAUUUUAGCAUUCAGAGCUACACAGUUUUGGUUUGAUAUGCUUUUUUUGUGUGUUUUGAGGUACAAAUUUCUUUAUUUUUUUUCACAUUUAAAAAAAAAAAACAACUUGUCUUUACGGAAAAGAAACCACUUUGACCAUCAGGUGGCGAUCUUUAAUUAAUAUGAUGACAUUUGAUCGUAAUUACAUGUAAAUAUAUGUUUUACGUGCCACAAAAAUGACAUCUACUCGCCUUCCAAAAAAACCGAUAAAAAUGUGACAUUAGUCCUAAGUCGCCUUUUUUGGUGACAUAUCUCCAAAUAUUCAAGUUUGAAAAACACAGUGGAAACUAAACACAACCUUACAGGAGCUUACAGGUUAAACUUUAACUUUAUUUAUCAGUUUGUUGUAUUGUAAUAUCUCAAAAAGUACCGUGGAAAAAAAGUAUUCAUGCAGCAGAACAAAAGAUACUUUUGUUAUCUACAUAGUCCGUUCAUCCGUCCCUUCGAUUCUCGUGAAUGCAAUAUCUCAAGAACACCUUGAGGAAAUUUCCUCAAAUUUGGCACAAACAUCCACUUGGACUUAACAAUGAAGCGAUUAGGCUUUGGUUGUCAUAAUUCAAAGGUCCAGGUUACUGUGACCUUAUCUUUCUCAUUCUCGCAAAGUCAACAUCUCAAGAACACCUUGAGGGAAAACUCAUAUUUGGCACAAAUGUCCACUUUGAGUCAAGUAUGAACUGAUUAA